AUGACGAAUCUCGCCGUCCAUCAACAAGAUUUUGCCAUUAAAGCAGCGUGGACUUUCACAAGCUCGGGUCAUGGUAAGAGCCUAUGUGAUGGGCUCAGUGCUGUUGUAAAAUCAGCAGCGCGGAAAUACUUACCAAAGCAAGGUCCUGAAGCAGCUUUUUGUUCAGUGAAAGCCUUUUAUCAAGUCACACUUCAGAAGAUCAGCCAAAUAUUUUGUUCAACAAAACCUAGAAUUCAUAGUCAACAAUCUAACUCUCGUAUUGAUAACAUUGGCAACGAAUCAACCAAUGAAGGAACUGAUGUAACAACAUCACAUUCUACCAGAUCAAUUGAAGUAAGAUGGUUCGGCGAAGAAGAAUUAGAAGAAACAUUUCGUAACGCAUUGAAUACACGAUGGACGAAACUCGCGACGAAAGAUAAUGAAUUAGUCACACCCAAUUCUACUAUAUAUUUUUCACGGCAUACACCGUAUCGUGAGUAUUCGCAGUUUCCAUGA